AUGAAGACGAUGGCCUCGUCCGCCUCUUUGCACCACCCUUCCACGCAUGCUCCAGCCUCCCCGCGGCCCCUGCGGUGUUGCGGGCUUGCCCCGCCGCAGCUCGGCCUCCGCUCUAGCCCCUGUCGUCCUCGCGGCGUCUCCCUGAUCGUCGCCGCCGCCGCAUCGUCGGACGUCCAGAAGGAGCCCUCCUCGUCGCCCCCUCCGCCGCCGGAAGAACCCUCUGCCCUAUCGGCCGUGGCGGAGAGCGUGAAGGUGCUCAAGGACGCGGCCAAGACAAGGAAGGUGUCGGACUCGAAGGUGCUGGCGGCGCUGGCCAAGAUCAAGAAGGACAAACUCGACACCUCCACCUUCUUCGAGACGCUCGGCGGGGCCGAGUCGCCCGGCAGGACAUCGAUGCUCAUCUUCACCGCUCAGGUGAGCAGAGCAGGCCAUCCCCGUGGCUCAAGCUGCUCACUUGUCCCCGCGCCGCACCAAGCCCCUGCAGCCACCGCCAAGCCAAGAAAGGCAUGGCCGUUCUUGCCUUCGUGGGCGUCGAGGGACAAGGUCAUCGCGAAGCUGCACGGGUCGAGGCAAUCACCAAACCCUACCGCCGGAUCUCCGCUCCCCAACCCUUCCUCUGAAAAAAGACCGGAAGGGUUUGAUCGGAACGGAGCCAGGAUCUGA